AAAAAAGAAUGACAUAAUGCCAUUUGCAGCAACAUGGAUGGAACUAGAGACUCUCAUACUGAGUGAAAUAAGUCAGAAAGGGUAUUCACUAUUGAAGUCACCAUUUCUGGCCUUUUAAGAUUUUAAAUGAACACUCAGUAUGUGGAGACAAACCGCUAACAACUGACAGGUUGAACUGAAAACUAAGUGUCACGAUUUGCCAAAUGCAGUUAAAGAUGUGCUUCUCCCGUUUGGAUCUGUGUCUCAUUUGCCAGAUUUUCUCUUCCCACUGUGACAGCCACUGUAACUAAGUACGUAAAUAAACUGAAAUUGGAACCAGACGUGCAAAUCCAUUUAUCACAAAAGGUUCAAUCAAGAUUUUCUUUAAAAAAGCGUGUAUAACACCAUUCUCACUGUAUUAAUAUGUAAGUAAUAAAAGAAGGUUUUAGUGAAAGUUUUGAAACCAUUAAUAAAUAAAAUAGAAUGCUUACUUUAAUAUACUACUUUCUUUUUCUUUUAAAAAUGUCUAAGUUGCAUGUGUUUGAAGUUACGUCAUUUCUUGGGAGAGAAGUAUGUUUCUAUAAUGUACAUUCUAAACUGGGGGUAUGUGCUCAAUACUUUGCUCAUGGCGGGUGGAAGAAAAAAAAGAUUCUGCCAUGAUGCACAGAAAAAAUGACCUUUUUUUGGAAAACAACUGAGGGCAGAUGUUAGUAGUUUGCUACUCUACUAAGUAAGAACCUCCUUAGGGUGUUUCCAGCAUCUCUGAUAUCGAGUCGUUCCCUUCAUGACCAUCCCACGUGGUUUAGCUUGGACUGGGGGCUCUUCAUUUGGAACCGAGUAUUCGUGGCUACAUAAGAUCCCUUCUUCGCCCCCCAUACCAGAGGGUGAUGGAUCUUUAAGUGACUAAUUAGUGUAUUUAAAUAAAUUAAGUUAAAUUGCCCUAGUCCCAAUUAAUGAGAGUCCUGUGAUAUUCAAAACACAAACUAAUUAUUAUAGGGAUCUGGCUACAAAUAGAAGUGAAGGAAUGCACCCAGGCACUGUGAAAAUGCAAGUUGCUUAGGUUUUAUUUAUUCUAAGCUCACAUCUAAGUCUCUGAGAUACUUCUUUUCCUGAACAGUGUUCUUUCCAUUUUUGCUUUGUCGUUUCCUACUCUGUAAACCAGAGGCUCUCCAGCGUUCUGAUCGGUAAAACUCUUUGUAUUUUUAAAAUUGUCUGCGGACCUCACAGAGCUUUUGUUUAUGUGAGUUAAAUCCGUCAGUCUUUACCAUGGUAGAAAUUAAAACCGAAUUUUAAAAUAUUCACUGUCAUUAAAAAAUCUAUUAAAUAUUAACAUAAAUAACAAAUUUCAUGUAAAAUAACUGUAUUCCCCAAAAUAAAAAAUUAGAGUCAUGGCAUUGUUUUCUGUGGUUUACAAACCUCUCUAAGGUCUGGCUUAAUAGAAGACAUCUGGGUUUUCCUGUCUCGCAGUACACACUCUCGCAACACUGCACAUAAUGUAGCUUCUAGAAAACUCCAUCGGACACUUGUGAGCGAAUAAGAGUGAAAAAGGCACAUGCUGACUUAAUAUUGUUUCGUGGAAAUAGUUUAGCUUUUGUGGAUGCCCUGAAAGCAUCUCUGGGCUCCCAGGUUGCCCUUCUUCCUAAGCUAAGGAGGGAGGGGCCCUGGCUGUCCAGGACCAGCGCAGACUGCACCUGCCUCUCCAAAGAGAUCGGGCAGGGCCUUCAUUAGAGGCUGCUUUCGGGAUGCAGCCGUCUCCUCUGUUUUACUCUCCCUGAUUCGGUCAUAAUUUCAUUCUCCAAUUAGGCGCUCUGAUACCUCGCAACUCCUCGUACAGUAAAAAUAGUCUUUUCCAAGUUGGCUAAAAAAGGACAAAUGGAUGGUUUGCUCAGUUUUUAGUUUUUCUGAGUUUUCUGAUGUUAAUUACUUUCUGAUGGUGAACAUUAAACAGCAAGACAAAUGAACAGAAAUCACAUUAUCAUUCUUGAUGGUAUAAAAUUCAUAAGGCUUGUUUUUUAUUGUGAUAUAAAGACCUUUGGUCGAGUUUUGCUUUAAAAAGUACAUAGAAGGAAUACUGUCUGCUAUGCAGUUAUUCGUCAUUUGUACGACAGGAUUAAAUGUAUCCUGUUUUACGGUCUCUCACUAAGGAUCAGCAUGAUAGUUCAUAGAAAGCGCCAUGAUUUCCUGGUCCUCUGGCACAGGCAUAAAUUUGAAAACCCUCAGAGAGGGCAACUUGGGAGGAGAUGUAUAGGCUUAACCAGGGUAUUUAAUGUGGCAUAUAGGGCCCUGCCGUCUCUGAACUAGUGUAUUUAACGUGGCAUAUAGGACCCUGCCGUCUCUGAUACGGGGAGAUAAAGGGAUGCAGGAAAAGGUUUCUCAGUGGUCCCUCUCCAACUCGGAUAAUGGAGUUGGUACACAUAUUCUUUGAAUGUUUCUCCUGUAGGUUUUUCUGAUGCUGUCGACCAGGAGAGCUGAGCGAGGCAGUGGGGAAAGUGAAUGGUGCUGAGAGCUCACCUGACACAGGAAGCGGAGCCACAUCCUAAGGGUCAAGAAACUGGAGCAUGGCUAUGAGCACCGGAAGCCACGAUUUUGUGGUUCUAAGCAAUGGCAGCAUCGCAACCAGCACUACCAACCCUGGUCCCCUCACCCCCUGUGAUGGAGACCUUGCAGCCCAGCAGCUCGCACCCAAAGAAGCACCAAGGACAAAAGUGAGUCCAAACGGAUGCCUGCAAGUUAAUGGCACAGUUAAAUCAUCCUUCCUGCCUUUAGACAACCAAAGGACGCCUCAGAGGUUACCCCAGUGCUGCCAUCCUUGCCCAUACCAUCACCCUCUGACUAGCCAUGACAGUCACCAAGAGUGCCAUCGCGAGGCUGGCUCUGCAGCACCUCCCGCUUUGGCCUCGUGUUGCAUGCAGCCACACUCAGAGUACUCUGCAUCUCUCUGUCCAAACCAUUCACCUGUUUAUCAGACUGCGUGCUGUCUUCAGCCCUCUCCAUCCUUCUGCCUGCAUCAUCCGUGGCCUGACCAUUUUCAGCAUCAGCCUGUGCCGCAGCACAUAGCCCGCGUAAGACCAUCCAGACCGUUCAAGUUACCAAAAAGCUACGCAGCCCUGAUCGCAGACUGGCCCGUGGUCGUCUUGGGCCUGUGUACCGUCUUCAUCGUGGUUUGUGCCUUGGUCGGCGUGUUAGUGCCUGAACUUCCUGAUUUCUCUGAUCCAUUGCUGGGUUUUGAACCAAGAGGGACAACAAUAGGCCAGAGACUGGUCACGUGGAGUAACAUGGUGAAAAACACAGGAUACAAAGCAACCUUAGCAAAUUACCCCUUUAAAUAUGCAGAUGAGCAAGCCAAAAGCCAUCGGGAUGAUCGGUGGUCAGAGGAUCACUACGACAGAGAGAAAAGAGAAGUCGACUGGAACUUCCACAAAGACAGCUUUUUCUGCGACGUUCCAAGUGACCGAUAUUCCAGAGUGGUAUUUACCUCGGCUGCAGGGGAGACACUGUGGAAUUUGCCUGCCAUUAAAUCAAUGUGCAAUGUAGAUAAUUCAAGGAUCCGUUCCCACCCGCAGUUUGGCGACCUCUGCCAGAGGACCACGGCCGCCUCCUGCUGCCCCAGCUGGACGCUGGGCAACUACAUCGCUAUCCUGAACAACAGAUCAUCCUGCCAGAAAAUCGUCGAGCGAGACGUUUCGCAUACCUUGAAGCUGCUCCGCACCUGCGCCAAACACUAUCAGAACGGCACCCUGGAGCCCGACUGCUGGGACGUGGCGGCGCGGCGGAAGGACCAGCUCAAGUGCAGCAGCGUGCCGCGCAAGUGCACCAAGUACAACGCCGUGUACCAGAUCCUCCACUACUUGGUGGACAAAGACUUCCUGGCCCCCAGGGCGGCCGACUACGCCGCGCCCGCCCUCAAGUACAGCAUGCUCUUCUCGCCCACGGAGAAGGGGGAAAGCAUGAUGGACAUCUACCUGGACAACUUCGAAAACUGGAACGCGUCCGACGGCGUCACCACCAUCACCGGGAUCGAGUUUGGGAUCAAACACAGUCUGUUUCAGGAUUACCUGCUGAUGGACACUGUGUAUCCCGCCAUCGCCAUCGUGAUCGUCCUCUUGGUCAUGUGCGUCUACACCAAGUCCAUGUUCAUCACGCUGAUGGCCAUGUUCGCCAUCAUCAGCUCCCUGAUUGUCUCCUACUUCCUCUACCGCGUGGUGUUUAACUUCGAGUUUUUCCCCUUUAUGAACCUCACCGCGCUCAUCAUCCUGGUCGGCAUCGGCGCGGACGAUGCCUUCGUCCUGUGCGACGUGUGGAACUACACCAAAUUCGACAAGCCUCACGCCGACACCUCGGAGACGGUGAGCGUCACGCUGCAGCACGCCGCCCUCUCCAUGUUCGUCACCAGCUUCACCACCGCGGCCGCCUUCUACGCCAACUACGUCAGCAACAUCACGGCCAUCAGGUGCUUCGGGGUCUACGCGGGCACCGCCAUCCUGGUGAACUACGUUCUGAUGGUCACGUGGCUCCCGGCGGUGGUGGUCCUGCACGAGCGCUACCUGCUCAACAUCUUCAGCUGCUUCAAGAAGCCGCAGCCGCAGAUCUACGAGAACAAGAGCUGCUGGACGGCGGCCUGCCGGAAGUGCCACCAAGUCCUCUUCGCCGUUUCGGAAGCCUCUCGGAUUUUUUUCGAGAAGGUGUUGCCGUGCAUCGUCAUCAAGUUUCGCUACCUCUGGCUCUUCUGGUUCCUGGCCUUGACCGUGGGCGGGGCCUACAUCGUGUGCAUCCACCCCAAGAUGAAGCUGCCCUCCUUGGAGCUGUCCGAGUUCCAGGUGUUCCGGCCGUCCCACCCUUUCGAACGAUACGACGCCGAGUUCAAGAAGCUCUUCAUGUUCGAGCGCGUCCACCACGGCGAGGAGCUCCACAUGCCCAUCACGGUCAUCUGGGGUGUGUCCCCCGAGGACAACGGCAACCCGCUGAACCCCAAGAGCAAAGGCAAGCUGACGCUGGACAGCAGCUUCAGCAUCGCCAGCCCGGCUUCCCAGGUCUGGAUCUUGCGCUUCUGUCAAAAGCUGAGAAAUCAGACCUUCUUUUACCAGACGGACCAGCAGGACUUCACCAGCUGCUUCAUCGAGACCUUCAAGCAGUGGAUGGAGAACCAGGACUGCGACGAGCCUGCCCUGUACCCCUGCUGCAGCCACUGGAGCUUCCCCUAUAAGCAGGAGAUUUUCGAGCUGUGCAUCAAGCGAGCCAUCAUGGAGCUGGAGAGGAGCACCGGCUACCAUCUGGACAGCAAAACCCCGGGGCCGAGGUUCGACAUCAACGACACCAUCAGGGCCGUGGUGCUCGAGUUCCCGAGCACCUACCUCUUCACGCUGGCUUAUGAAAAGAUGCAUCAGUUUUAUAAAGAGGUGGACGCGUGGAUUUCCAGCGAGCUCAGCUCGGCCCCCGAGGGCCUCAGCAACGGCUGGUUCGUCAGCAACCUGGAGUUCUAUGACCUCCAGGAUAGCCUCUCGGACGGCACCCUCAUCGCCAUGGGGCUGUCCGUGGCCGUGGCCUUCAGUGUGAUGCUGCUGACAACGUGGAACAUCGUCAUCAGCCUCUAUGCCAUCAUCUCAAUCGCCGGAACCAUCUUUGUCACUGUGGGUUCUCUUGUCCUGCUGGGCUGGGAGCUAAACGUUUUGGAGUCGGUCACCAUUUCCGUCGCGGUUGGCCUGUCCGUGGACUUCGCCGUCCAUUACGGGGUGGCUUACCGCCUGGCCCCCGACGCCGACCGCGAAGGCAAGGUCAUCUUCUCUCUGAGCCGCAUGGGCUCGGCCAUCGCCAUGGCGGCGCUGACCACCUUCGUGGCCGGGGCCAUGAUGAUGCCCUCCACGGUCCUGGCUUACACCCAGCUGGGCACCUUCAUGAUGCUCAUCAUGUGCAUCAGCUGGACGUUCGCCACCUUCUUUUUCCAGUGCCUGUGCCGGUGCCUUGGGCCGCAGGCCGCCUGUGGUCAGAUUCCUUUACCCAGAAGACUCCAGUGCAGUGCCUUCUCCCCUGCUCUGUCCGCAAGUCCGGGUGACAAGGGACAGAGCAAGACCCAUGCCAUGAAUGCUUAUCGUUUGGAUCCCAGGGACCAAAAGUCUGAAAUGGAGCACGAGUUUUAUGAGCUUGAACCCCUGGCCUCCCCCAGCUGCUCGGCCUCUGAGAAGAGCACUUACGAAGAGACCCACAUCUGCUCGGAGUUUUUCAACAGCCAGGCAAAGAGUUUAGGGCUCUCCGUCCGCGCAGCCUACCAGGGCGAGCUCAGCCAGAGCACCAAACCCGAAACAAGCUCUGCCCUCUUCCAGCCCUCCCUGGAACAGCACACCGUGUGUCACUUCUUCUCUCUGAAUCAGAGAUGUGGCUGCCCAAAUGCCUACACACACUUGAAAUACGGCCCGCACGCCUGCCAGCAGAUGGGUCCCUGCUUGUGCCACCAGUGCGCUCCACCUACCAGCGGCCUUGUCCGUGUCCAGAAUGGCCUGGUGCCCCUGAAAGCGGCCCGCCAGGUCCCCGAGGGCUUCGUGCAUCCCCUCCCGCACGUGCAUCCCUGUCCCUGCCUCCAGGGCAGAGGGAAAGCGCCCGCGAUGCAGAAUUCGCUGCCCAGGGGUCUUUUCCUCCACCCGGUGCAGCAGCAUCAGGCCCCAGAAAAAGGCAGUCAGAACUGCGUCCACAGUCUGCAGAGCACCGAAGAGGGUCUCCCAGAGACGGCAGAGCCCUCAUCCUCCUCGUCGCUCUGCAGAGACGCUGCAGCUGUGCAAAAAGCGUGCUGGGAGCCUGGGACUCACCAAAGGGGACUCUGUAAACACAGGGACCUCGGGGGCGGGGCAGGCAGCGCAGCGGCUGCAAACCAGGGUUCGGGUUCAGUGAGUCAGAGCGACAAGGCGGAAGGGCUGGUGGAGCCGCGCGUGUCACAGACUGAUGUCAUUGUGAGCUCGGGACACUUAAGUCAGAGCGAACCGCAGUUUCUGUUUAACCACUUAGUCGGGGAGGCCGCCUAUGGGUGCUGCCCAAGCAACCCACCGCGCUGCGGCAGAGUCGGGAGGAUUAAGUGCGGUUCCGUGGAUUGUCAAAUACCAAACAUUGAAGCCAACGUGCCUGCUGUGUCAACACACUCAGAACUUUCCGGCGAAAGUUUGUUAAUCAAAACACUUUAAUAAAUAUAGUAUUAAACCAG